ACCACAACCAGCUCCGCCGCCAUUUCCACCAUCGCCGACGCCGGAGGAGGAGGAGGAUAUCGUGAUGAGCGAGGUUCACUUGGGUUGCCCACCUAAUUUAUCUGGGCCACAAAUCUCCCGCUUCACCUUCUCACUCCCACCUGGUACCAACCCAAUUGCUUCUUCUUCCCACUCUGAUUUGGGUUUCUUCUAUCUUCUCCAUUUUUAACUUCAUUUUUUAAUGGAGAAUUUUAUUAUACACGCCUCCGUGCAUAGGCACUCGUACUUACGUCAUUUUCUUACUAAUUUUUUGCUUGUGUUAUUAUUUUGAGAUAUUUAGUUAGGAUGUUUUUGUAUUUGUUUAUGAUAUUUUUUUAGGCCUAUUUAGGAGAGCGGUUUUUUUUUGUUUUAUUGAGUUAUCAUGAAAAAUCAUAUAAAAAAAAUUAGAGAGGUUAUAUGAAUUAAACAAGUUAAUAAGUCAAAAAACCGGCUUUUUUUUACCAUCUCAAAAUUAUUCAGAAAGUAUAGAAUUAUGCUAUUUAAGUGUGUUGUUAUAAGGUACAUAUUUCCAUUUUUUUUAUUUUUUUUUUAUUUUUAAAUUCUUAUCCAGUAAAACCCAUAUAAACAUUGAAAUUGAAAAGAAGAGAGAAGGUAAAUUAGUUGGCACUCCUUUUUGUAGUAUGUGUUUCUGUGAUGGGUUCAAUCAAUGAGCUGUAAUGCAAUAGAGUUCGAUGACUAUCUGGCUUCAUUUUUAAUUGUGAGCCACUGAACAAGGCUAGGAUUUUUUGCAGUCUGUUUGGAUAAUGUGAUUUGGUGAGAAAUGAUUCUUCAUUGAUGAGAAAUGGAGAGAGAACUUACUUAUUUUAUAUGUUUUAUUUCUCAUCAGAUUUGGUGAGAAUCAAGUUGAUUGGUUGUGUAUUCCAAUACUUUGCUUUCUUAACCCUUCACCAAUUUUUCUAUCUAAUUCCAAAUUUGAUCAAAAAGUUUGAUUUGAUAUGAACUACUUCAAUCCUUUCAUCAAAUUUUUAUCAAAAUCUUUUUAAAAAUUCCCCUCUUAUCUCAAAUUUCCCUUUUCAUCAAAUUUGAUGAACAAAUAUCAUCUCCAAUGCUGAAUCUUUUUAAAUUUUUAUCAAAUUUAAAUUUGUUGAAUGAUUUGAUGAAUUCUCGAUUUGAUGAAAAAAAUGACUCUCCCUUGAUUUGAUGAAUAUUUGAUGAAAGGAUUGGAGAUGAUUUUUGACACUUUUUCAUCAAAUUUAAAUUUGUUGACAGAAAGGUGAAGGAUUGGAGAUGCUCUAAGGCCAAGUAUUUUUUAUAUGUAUUCAUUUUUUUCAGCUGCUAUAACUAGGAUGAAAUGCUUUUAAAACUAAGGAGAUUUAUUCUAAAUGCAUUUUCUUUGAGCUUAAAGAAAUUGUGCACCUUGGAAUGUACACACCAAUUUUAGUAUUUGCAAUUCCAGGUCUAUAUAACUCUUGCAUGCAUAGAUUCUUAGAAGAAAAAUUUUCUAAAAGUUUGUUGCUAGACUCAUUUAUAUAGAUUGUGUUAUUCAAUGUGUACCAUGUAUCGUUUGCAAAACCAGGUGAUACCGAAUUGAGGACCAAAGAGUUUGACUUGUCAAAUGAUAAUGGAAAUUAAUAAAGUUGAGCCCGUGGAUAGAAAAUAUAUUGACGCAUUUAAAGAUGAAGCAACUCCAACACACCAAGUUGCUAGCUUGGAUGAAGAUGGUGAUCUUGUCGUAACUCGACGCUGCAGACGAUCUAAGGAUAAUUAUGUUGUUACCAUCAAGCAUAAUAUCACUUCAUCAAUUCCAAGCGUUGGUUUGCAGGUAUGGAGAGCAGAACUGAUACUAGCUGAUUUUGUUUUACAUAAGAUGGUUGCAUCAUCAGAAUUUAAUGGAAUUGUUGCUAUAGAGCUUGGUGCGGGUACAGGUUUGGUUGGCAUAUUACUUGCACGUGUUGCUAAAACCAUCUUCCUGACAGACCAUGGUGAUGAAGUGGUUGACAACUGCGCUGACAACGUUCGUCUCAACUCUGAAUCAUUCCAUUCUCAAGCGUCAGUUCAUGUACGAGAACUUGAUUGGAAGGAUUCCUGGCCCCCUAAAGUAGUAGAAAAUUUUCCAUCUAAAAAAAGGCACAUUUGGACCUCAGCGGAAGUUGAAGAGCUCCAGAGAGCUUCUCUGAUUGUAGCUGCCGAUGUAAUUUAUAGUGAUGACCUGACCAAUGCAUUUUUCAAUACUUUAGAGAGACUAAUGAUGCAGAGACCAGAAAAGGUGGCAUACUUGGCAUUGGAAAAACGUUACAACUUCACUCUUGAUGAUCUUAAUGUUGUUGCAAAUGGGUAUUCACGCUUCCGAAGUUAUCUGAGGGAUGAAGGAGAAUGCAAUGAUCUAAAAAGCAGAUCGUUGCCCUGCUUUGUUGGCAAGCUCAUUGAUCUUACACAGAUUCCACAAUACGUGAGAGAGUACGACAGAGGAAAUGAUGUCGAGCUUUGGCAGAUAAAGUACGAGAAGCGGAAACCCUAACCAGCUUCUGCUUGUAGACAACCUUCCAUUUUUGUAGAACCCCAAUUACCACAUUUUUUUUUUUACUUCUGUUAUUUGGAACUGCAUUCUGGGAAGGAAAGUGCCUUUUUUUCCCAAACUGUCAAAUGACUGUUGUAUCUAUAA